AUGUCUUCUUUAAAGACCAUCAUUUCUCUCUUCUUUCUUCUCUCUAUUAUUUACAAUCUCGUUGCCGCAAACGUAAUUCAACCAAAAAUCGAUGAAAUUUCUUUAGAUGCAUUACCUGAAACCGGUGACAUUUGGGAGAUGGAGUUAGAUCCCGCUGCAUCCUCCAAUAUUGAUCCAUCUGCUGAACUUUCUACUGAAGCUGAUGCCGGCUCUUCGGAAUCCUUAACAAACAACCUUCGCAACUCAAUCCAAAUUAUUGGACCAAAAGUUCAAAUGGGAGAAGUUCAAGACCAA